CAAAGGAGGGUGAGUUUAGGGAAAGACGGAGCCACCCUGUCAAUCACAAUUAAGGAACCAUGGGAGUAAACUGGUAGGAAAGCUAGGCGAAACCACCGUGUUUACGGUCGAGCUUGUUUUAAUUUGCGUUCAGACGACAACUAUGCACCGGUACAGUGUGGGACAUACACACCCGACCUCUCCAGAUGGGAAUCGCUUCACUUUGACGGGAAUUAGCAUGAGACGUUAAAUAUAACAACAACAGAAAAACUUGCCGACUUUCAUUUGUCUGCGCCUGUUUUUUCUUUUCUUUUUUUCUCUUUUUUUUUUGACCCCACAGCCUUCCAGUUUGAACAAAAUACAAAAGUCACCGUUGAUAUUUGUUCGAAAGGCGGUGCCGCCGGGGUUUAUGUUUACUCCAAGCUAAGGAGACACGUUUAUUUGAGUACAACUCGUGGAAAUCUGGUCUGUGCAUUUCACAGAACUGCCGUGUCGGCGAGUCCACUUUCGGAGGAGUGACGGUACAAGAAGACACUCCCGAAAACAACCAGCGCCAAGCGUCAAUCCGGGCUCAAACUCCAGAGAGAGCAAGAAAAGGAGCAGAAAUGAGCGGGGGAGAGGUGGUGUGCUCGGGGUGGCUGAGAAAGUCUCCUCCUGAAAAAAAGUUGAGACGUUACGCAUGGAAGAAGCGGUGGUUUGUUCUUCGCAGCGGCCGUCUGACAGGCGACCCAGACGUGUUGGAGUACUACAAGAAUGACCAUGCCAAGAAGCCCAUUCGUGUGAUUGACCUCAACUUAUGUGAACAGGUGGACGCCGGUCUGACCUUCAGCAAAAAAGAUUUGGAGAACAGCUACAUAUUCGACAUCAAAACCUUUGACCGCAUCUUUUAUCUGGUGGCUGACACCGAAGACGAGAUGAAUAAGUGGGUCCGCCACAUCUGCGACAUUUGUGGUUUUAACCCCACCGAUGACGAUGCAGCAAAAGCUGCUCACCAGUCCGCCAUGGGACUGGUGGUGGAAAACGCUCCACACCCAGGUCCAGGAGUGUUUACCAAUGUGCCGGCCCCUUACCAGCCAGUCAGCGUGCGACACCUGGACUCACAGUCCAGUUCAGAGGAGCCCCAGGAUUACCUGUGGCUUGCUAACUGUGAGAGCAAAAAGCCUGAACCCAGCAGCUCAGUGGAGCAUCACUCUCUCUUGGAGGGGGACCAGGAGUAUUUGCUCCUGGAGGAGUGUGAGAGCAAGACUGUUCCUCCACAGGCUAGCCUAGCUCAUGCUGAGUGCUCCAAGUCUACCUCUUCAGAGACAGACCUGAAUGACAACCUUCCAUCUCACCGCACGCCUACAUCCUCCACUUCCUCGGCUAAACACACCUCACACAAUGGCUUCUUCCCACCGCACCAGACUCCUGUGUCCGCCCCUUCCAUCUAUGACUCGCCUCCAUCACGCGGUGCCUCACUCUCAACUGACAGCGGCUUUUAUCAUCUUCCUCGCAGCUACUCCCAGGACACUGUGCUGCUCCCCAAGUCAGCCUCCUCCCCUCCGGCUCAUCCAGACGGCGCGGAUGCCUCUGACCUUUAUGUCUUCAACACGCCGACACGGAAGCCCUCAGUAGAGACACAGAUGCGCAACGUUUCUAUCAGUUACGACAUCCCGCCCACACCCGGUGCAAACAGCACCUACCAAGUGCCCCGCACAGUAUCGAACACAGGGGUAGGAGGCUCAGAAAGCGGGGGAGAUGUAGUGCCCCCUCCCAGACCACCCAAGCCUUCCCUCAGUUCCAGCUCAGGACUCCCGCCGCCUCCUGCUGAGCGCUCACCUACAGACACCUAUAGUGUGCCUCGAUCAGCCUCAGAGACAGAUGGAAACUACUGUGUGCCCACAAGCGCUGGGAGUAAGGCUUUACGCAGCAACACUAUUGGCACUGUGGACUGUUCACGCCUCCGCAAAGACUUUGGAUCCCAGGACUGCUAUGACAUUCCUAGAUCAUUCCCUUCUGACAAAAGCUGCUCGUUUGACUUCAAUGAAAGCUUCAACACCUAUUUUAAAAGCAAAGGAAUGAUGCCAGUGGGUAGCCAUUCUACAGAAGAGGUUGACCAAAACUACGUGCCCAUGAGUGCCAACUCACCGUCACAUCAUCACUCGGGCAGUUUGCCAGAGCCAAUGCACGAAACCAACUACGUCCCCAUGACCCCAGGUACUAUGGAGUUCUCAUCCCUGGGUAAACAGGUUCCUCCACCCGCCCACAUGGGAUUUCGCUCAAGCCCGAAGACCCCUCCCCGCAGGCCGUUGCUUAGUGAGUGCCAGCCCCCACCUGUGGACCGAAAUCUCAAACCCGAUCGCAAAGGUCACAGUCCUAAAAUAAUAAGAGCGGGUUUAGAGCGAACUGACUCUCAAACCGUAGGUGAAUUCCCAAGUCGACGACGCAAGGUAAAACCUGCCCCACUAGAGAUCAAACCAGUGCCAGAAUGGGAUGAGCCAAGCACACCUGUCCGCUCACCUGUGACACGGUCGUUCGCUCGAGAUCCUUCUAGGUUUCCAAUGCCAACGAGACCCCCGUCAGUGCAUAGCACGGCCUCCAGCACUGACUCCGAGGACUCUACUGAACCGAAUUACGUAGCCAUGAACCCUAAUAUGUCCACAGAUGAAGCAAUCACGAAGCUCGCUCCGCCCAUGAAUGCUGACGGUGGGAGUAGCCCUGUGGUAAAACCAAAGGGAGACAAGCAGGUAGAAUACUUGGACUUGGAUCUCGAUUCUGGCAAGUCUACCCCACCUAGGAAGAUGAAAAGCAAUGGAACUGGCAUCACAGCAUCAGACGAGCGUGUCGACUAUGUAGUUGUGGACCAGCAACGAACACAGGCCCUUAAGAGCACCCGGGAGGCCUGGAGCGAUGGCCGCCAAUUGACAGAGACAGACACGCCCUCCAAAGGACCCAAGUGACCCUGUUGUCCCAACAACACAACCCCACCACCCAACCCACUCUAAACUACCAAAACGCCACAGCUUCCACACUAAUGCUGGUUCUGGUUUUCGCUUUGGGACGAUCCAGCUGUCUCGUUCCAACCUAACAAGAUCCCUAGUGUGUAAGAGCCAGUGGAGCGUCAUAGCCACUCAACGUUGUUUAGUUUACACUGCUGUCGGGCUUAAAGGAGCGCUGUGUGUACAGCUGUAGAAAGGGGCGUGGUCCAGGAAUAAGCUGUAUGCAGUUUGAGAGCAUGAGGAAAGACUGGACUUGUUUGCAGGAUUUGACCUGAGCAGACUCACCAACUUUGAACAUUCACUGCCUUCUUUCCGGAUUAGUUAUGUCGUCGUUCACCUUUUAGCGGCCUGUGGGCUGAUCCAGAGUUAACAUUUCCUAAAAAUUGUAAUGCUGUUUGAUGUCGUUUUGGAGUGCAAGUGAGAACACUUUAUAACAUGAUCACAGCUCUGUCAGCGUAACACUAAACGUUAGCAUAGCACGUUAACGGUGUUGUGUUUUUGUUUUUUUGUUUUCCUGCUGUUUGAGCAGGGUGAAGUUACCAUGGACACUGUUAGCAGCUCAGGAAACUGACCCCAAACUGUGUCUAAGGCGAACUUCAAACCGGAAAGCCAGUACGACAAAAUUUCAGAGAAGCAUUACUUUAGAUUUUUCUUCCACUUGCGUAGGCACCUGUACUAAAAGUCAAGCUUCGGAUUCACUUGAGGUUUUUAAUCCACUGAACAUGAUUCGAUUUCCAUUUAUUCAGUAAGUGGAGAUGCUUCGAUCUGUUGUAAUGGAAGUGCAAAGACUGUACAAUAGUGUUAUGUAUAUAAACAGGAAAAGUGUCCUUUAUUUGUAUGGAAUAUCCAGCAUGUUUGACUCUAAGGUAUAUGGAUUCUGCAGGGUAGAAUCCUGUACCUGACUCGAUGGUAUCAGCACUUGUGAUAAAUGAAUGAAUUACUGUGAGUUUUUAAAAGAACGUGACAGGUUUUCUCUAAGUUAUGCAAAGGUAUCAAAGCGAGAGAGAGAGAAAGAGAGAGAGAAAAAUCAGGUACUCUUUAUGAAUGCAUAUUAAUGCAACUUUCCAUUUCUAAUUUAUUUCUGGAGUUAAUGUAUCAGGUGGAUGUCUUGUCCAUCCCCCCCCC